GAAGAUCACAGCCUCAUUCACCUUAGAUAUACACAAAAUGCCACAGAUCCAAUUAAAAUAUUGGCAUUUCUCAAGCAUGCAAGGACAUAUAACCCUGAGAUGAAUGCCAGAAUUGUGUACAUGUGCAGGUGGGUGUCAUUGUUUUGAAAUGAAAGAAUUUGAGUAGUAAACUUUGUAAAUAAAAAUGGCUUUAACUUUUGUCAUUUAUUUUAAAACGUCAUUUAAUGCUUAAUUUAUGCUAAGCUAACUCUUUAUCCUAUAUAAUGUAUGUCUACACAUUCAAUCAAAUAUUGCUCAUACCAACAAAUGGUGCAACAUUUAGCUAAAUGGCUUGUGGUUUGACCAAAUUGAAGACCUUGGCACAUUUUAAACUUUAGGAAGUCUUUAUUAAAUUCAAUAACUGCUACCUUUAUAUAAUUAUUGUUCAACACACAGGAAUUAUUCUAAUAUUUCAAUUAUCCUUUAUGCUCACAAGUCAUUUACACUGCCAACAACAUAGCUUUUCUUCGUAACAGCUAUACAUUCUACAACUGAUAUCAAUUAUAACCUUUCCAGAAACGGUGCGACAUUCAGUGGUCUGGCCUGUGUCUCGACCCUCCUACUGGACAGAGUGGACAAUGACCAGCGCCUGACUGUUCCACUCGUCGUUGGUGCCAUCAAGACUAUCCGCACUCAAGUUAUCCCAACAGUGGUAAUUAUAAUAUUAACUUAA